UGUAUGGUGAGUCAGUUCCGCAAGUGCAUCCUCACAGAGAAGAAGAGUGGGUGAGAAUCCGUUUGACCGUUUGGUCAGAUCAUGGCGUCCGCGAAGAGAAAGCAAGACGAAAGGAACUUGAAGAUAUUACGCGAGCUGGUCUCACAACCUGGAAAUAAAGAAUGUUUCGAUUGUCGACAAAGAGGUCCGACUUACGUCAACAUGACAAUAGGUUCCUUCAUCUGUACCUCCUGCUCUGGAAUGCUGAGGGGACUGACACCACCACAUCGUGUUAAGUCUAUUUCAAUGGCUACAUUCACACAAGAAGAGAUUGAUCUGAUAAAGGAACGUGGUAAUGAGUACUGUCGUAGGAUAUGGCUGGGUCUGCUUGAUUCAAACCCUCCAAACUUGGAUACCAAGGACGAACAGAAGAUGAAGGAUCUGAUGAGUGCGAAGUACGAAUUGAAAAGAUACUAUCUGGAUCCAUCAAUGGCUAAUCAAAAUACUACCCAGAAAACUUCCCAAUCUUCUACUUCUUGUUCCAACUCAAUCUCCUCCACUUCAUCCAAUUCCUCUUCAAAUCAGACUGCAAUACCAAGAGUUCCAUUGUCUGGCACAUCCCUGCCUGUUCCACUUCCAAAAAUCAAGAAUCCAGGGCCUAUCAAUGCUAAUUCAUUUGCACCAGACUUCGUCGCAGACUUCAGCAAGGUUCCAGAUCCUUUUAUUGCCGCUGUACCGAAUCACCAGUUCACACAGCCGAUUGUACCUCAGCCGUCCUUCGCCAACUUUGACAAUAAUCCUGUCUUCGAUUCAACAAAAAAUAUGGAAUCCACUACUCUUUCUGCUCAACCUAUGGGUUUAUUUACUGCCAAUUUUAAUGGAAUAAGUGUCCCGCCAUCAGAGGAUCGUUACGCAGCACUAAAAGAUCUGGAUUCAUUAAUGAAACAAACUCAAUUAAAGGAAGAGAAUAACAUUUCAUCGAAUUCAACAUGGGAUAUUACUAAUUCCAAUGCUACAAAUCCUAUCUGGCCAGAAAGUAAUCAAGCUCGACAUGUAAUCUCAAAUCCAUUUACAAGUGGCGAUCUAUGGAGACCCUCUGCAAAUUUAAUGAACAAUAAUUUCCAAUCGGUAGAAAGUCCCAUGUGCAAUCCUGCCAAUCCUUUCCGGCCAAUGCAGUUUCCAGGAAGCAACGACCAUCAAUGGUUGGGCAUAGGUGCACCAGGAACUACUGAUGUGAUUCCAUCUAGUCAACUGAUGGCACCUCUUUCCGGUAAAGCAUGGCAACCAUCAGUCACGGCUUACCAUGCGAAUCCAUUUAUGGUGGGUACGGGAGUGGGCAAUAUGGCGCGAAAUUCGAACAACCCGUUCUUAUGAUCCUGAGAGAGAAAAUGAGCCUGUAAACGGACGUACGAACAAAAAGUUAAUGCAACGCUGAAGAUACGUAUAACUUAGACAAAUUGUUUCUAUACAUGACCUUACUCUGGCAAUUAGUGCCAUUAAUUUUAUUCCUAAGAGCACCAAUCUCUUUUAUUCAUAUAACGAAAGUAAUACUUUUAUUUAUGAAUAUAAUAUACACGUUAAAUAAAGAUUAA